AUGCCCCCCAAUGCAGCGACCCUACCCUCUCCUCCGAACAAACCACCGUGGAAGGACAGCCGUCCUUACUCGGUGGGGGGCAACAUGGAAUCCACCAGUGCAGCCUUCGCACUCAGCUCACUCCAGAAUGGUUCGUUCCCCCAGCGGCCCAGAUAUCCACACAUCAAAGACCUGCAAGAUCAGGCUACCUUGUUGAGUGUUCAGAACUCUGCCUCGCUCGACGAACUAUUACGAACAGCAUCGGACGCUCUCGAACAAUCGAAGCUCCUUGUGGAUAGCGACAUGUCCGAUAAAGCUUAUGUGCAAUACCUGUGUGCUUCGGAGAUCACAGUCAAUACCAUCCCCCACCAUCCGGACUACGAAACAUAUGCAAACCAGCCGGUCUGGUACAAUGAUUUCAAAAUGCUUAUGCGAGCGGUUAGCUCAAAACAAGGUACAAUGAACAUGGUUAAGCUCGAUAUCAUGGAAGACAACCGCAAAAGCAACAUACAGCCCACAUCAUCUUCCGCGUCUACUUCUCCCACUUCACAAGUUUCUAGUCCUCCUCGAAGUGGGAGGGAAAACCGGGAACCCGGAAAGAACUCUAUGAGGAUGCCGAGUCCCACGCAGUUUCAGUGCAUCUCGAAUCCUCAGCCGACUUCGAAUCGUAUUCAAAACUCGACUGAAGAUGUUCUAGCCCAACGCUUUGCCAAAUUAAAAGCAUCACCACCGCUCGAGAAUGGUGGAGGCUCAAGAACAUAUAUUCCAUCCGCACCUGCUCUGCAGGCCUCGACAACCUACACCUCCAAUACUCCUAUGCAUAGUUACAGCUCCCCCUUAGCAUCUCCUCCUCGUCGGCCAGUUGGGCCACGAAGUAUGGGAUCUCCAUCGGUCCCGAAGCCACCCCCAAAGCUUCCCCUCGUAUCCUCUCUCCCCCGGGCUCCCGAUCCCACUUACAGUCCAAUCUACAGCAUGACCUCACAACCCCCGCUAAACCCCCCUCGAACAUCGACGGAGAGCACGCGACCAGUCAACCCACGGUAUUCUCAUUUUACAAACUCGCCGAGGGGCAGCCCAAGUCGUGGUAUCCACAACCCCUAUCAAUCAACAACACCCAACGGUACAAACUCUGCUCGAGAAUCCAGGAGCAAUUCUCCCGAUCUGCCAUUUACCUCGACCGUCACUGCGCAUGACCUUGUCGACUAUUUGCGCAAAUUCAAUGUCCUCGUGGUUGAUGUGCGGCCCCGGAACGAGUUUGACAGCGGUCACAUAUACGCCAAAUCUAUCAUUUGUAUCGAGCCAGUAGUUUUGAAGGAGAAUGUGUCAGCCGAAGAACUGGAGGAGAGGCUCUUCAUGUCUCCCGAAUACGAGCAAGGGCUGUUCGAGCGGCGGAACGAGUUUGAUCUUGUUGUCUACUACGACCAAAACACUGCUUCCAACAGCUAUCUCGCAGGGUCGCCCGUGAGCACGUCGGCGCCGCAUUUGAGAGCCCUUCAUGACACCCUUUAUGAGUUCAAUGAAUACAAGCCGCUCAAAGCUGGGCAUCCCCCCGCCCUCCUGAUUGGUGGGUUGGAUGCCUGGGUCGACAUUCUAGGAGCGCAAUCGCUUGCCACCUCUGCGACGGCAGCCGUGAUAGGAUCCAUCCAGAGCAGAAGGCCCGUUGCUCGUCCAGGGCGUCCCCUUGGCCGUGUCCCUACUAUCGCCAGUGCCAACUCCAGCUUGGAGGUCCGCAAGCGAAGACUCCGCGAGUACACCCCCUUAAACUCCGAAGAACUCGCUGCAUGGCUUGAAAGAUCAAAGGAAGAGGAGAUUGAUACGAGCACAUAUCUUGAGGAGGAACCGCUCACGGAAGAACCACAGGAAGAUUCAACUGAUUCUCAGCACGAUCCCUCCAUGGCUCAGAUUGUUCGCCGCUAUGAUGACUUUUUAAGACACGUUCCUGACCAGCAUCACGUUCAGCAAUCUAUGGUGCAACCACAGCCCCCACAACCCCCACAGCCUCAAAAGCCUCCCCCAGUUCCUCCACUUCCCCCUAAUUAUGCAGCAUCUGUUCCUGUAGUCCCCUCGCGGCCGCCACCGGCAGCUCCUCGGCCCAGCUACAGUGGGGUAUCGGACGGACGGUUCGUUCAGCCACAUGUGCAGCGACAGAAUUCGGCGAAUCGCGCUCCGCUGUACACACCCAGCUCGUCCCUUAGUCGACUCAAGCUGCCACGGACCGGUCUCCAUAACUUCGGUGUCACCUGUUACAUGAAUUCUACCAUUCAAUGUCUCAGUGCGACGGUCACCAUGAGCAAAUUCUUCAUCGAUGAUCGAUUCCGCUACUACGUUCAGAAGAAUUGGAAAGGCUCCCAGGGGGUCAUGCCUGGGCUGUAUGCCAAUCUGAUCCGGUCGAUGUGGAAAAACGAUGUGGAAGUGAUCAUGCCUACCUCGUUCCGCAACUUCUGCGGUCGACUAAACCGCGAAUGGUCCAUUGACCGGCAGCAAGACGCUAAGGAGUUUUUCGAUUUUGUCGUGGAUUGCCUUCACGAAGAUUUAAAUAUCAAUUGGAAGCGCACCCCGCUGAAACCGUUGACGUUCGCCCAGGAAGUCCAGCGAGAGCGGACCCCGAUUCCUCAGGUUUCCAAGAUUGAGUGGGAUCGAUACUCUCAUCGCGAGGAGUCGUUCAUUUCCUCUUUUUGCCGGCCAGCAUGCCAGCCAGCUUCGCUGCACGACCUGCCAGCAGACCUCGACAACCUACGAAGCGUUCUACACUGUCUCCGAAGCUACUGUCAAGAGGAAAUGUUGAGCGGCGAUGAAGUCUGGAAGUGCCCGUAUUGCAAGUGCAAGCGCAUGGCCACCAAGCGGAUCAUGAUCACCCGUGCGCCUCAGAUCUUGGUGGUCCAUUUCAAGCGCUUCUCCGCCUCCAAAACCCAAAGCGCUCGGAAGAUCCAUACGCCUAUCGAGUUCCCUCUCCAUGGUCUACUCUUGGAUGAGUUCGUGAUAUCUUACCCCAAUCCUCCGUCGGCCCCCGAUGCUGCGGCACCGGCACCCUCGAUCGGUGCCACGGAACCACCCUUCACCUACGACUCCUUUGCGGUCCUCCGGCAUAUCGGAUCUUCUAUGGGGAGCGGCCAUUACAUUUCCCUGAUCCGAGAUGCCCAGCGCCAAUGCUGGCGUAAAUUUGACGAUGAUCGAGUGACGGACUUCGACCCCCGGUCUCUGCGUGGGCGUGACCGGCUGCAAAAUGACCAGGCGUACAUUGUGUUUUAUGAGCGGGUUCCAGCGAAAUGA